UGCCGCAAGUCUAAAUCAACAUUGCAUUAAUUAUUAUUAUUAUCAUCAUAUAGGCCUACACACAGACAGGCGAGGUGUGCAUGCGCACACUCCUUAAACUCGUUUAAAGCCUGUUUAAAGUAGGCCUACACGUCCUAUCUGAAACAAUACAGGCGUUUAUUCAUAAAAAUAUUAUAGGCUAUCAGAUUCCAAAAGUUACCUGUCGUGGAAAAUUGUAUUGAGCAAAUAACUGAGUUACAACCAACCGUUGUCUUUUAAAUGUACAAACAAUUUUCUGCCAUAACAUUACCCAGACUGCUUUGGCUAAAAUGUUAUGUAUUAUGUGUAAUUUACCGCAAUGUCUGUGUAUCCGUGGCCACUUUCAAAUCUCACCACUCAGCCAGCCCCCACACCAGGACACUCCCCCCGGCACUAACCUUGUCGUUUCCCUGCAUUCAACAGCGGGGGAGACGUGGAGAGGUCUCGUUAUUUGUAGAGGACCUUCUCCUCCGUCUGUCUGUUCCUUUACUCUCCCCAGUUAAGUAAAAACAAGACCAAACAUGGGGCUUACGGGUCUCUGUUCAACGGUGCUCUUGGCCUUCUUGCUCGCUCUUGUCGGCGUUUGCUCCGCGCGCUCGGACGCUCCCCGCGGUGUCGCGUUCGGGUUCGUUUUUGACCCCAAAGCGAAGUGCGAACCGCCGUGCGAACACGCAGGAAUCUGCAUCCGCAACAGCACAUGUUUCUGCUCCAAGGGUUAUGAAGGCGAGACCUGCCAGUAUGCAAACUGUUAUCCCAAAUGUAAGAAUGGAGGAGAGUGUCUUCGCCCUGGAAAAUGCAGAUGUCCUUCAGGAUAUAGAGGAAGAUACUGUCACAAAGUGACGUGUAAUGGGGGAUGUUGGAACGGAGGGGAAUGCAUCGCUGUCAACGGAGUGGCCAAAUGCAUCUGCCCCUCAAGCUGGACCGGCUCAAAAUGCCAAGAGGCGAUCUGUCCCCAAGGCUGUAGGAACGGGGGAAUCUGUGUGGCUCCAGGAAUCUGCAGCUGUUCGGAGGGAUGGCUGGGGGGCGCCUGUCACACUGCUGUGUGCACCAAGCCCUGUCUGAAUGGAGGGAAGUGUAUUUCUCCAAACAAAUGCCGCUGUCGCCCCCCUUUCUCUGGCCCUCACUGCGAAGAGAGGAAAAAGUCCCACUAAUGUGACCCUGCUGGGGUUAAAGGUGGACCAAUAAGGAACUUCAUUGCUGAUGAGGACAUUACGUUUUUUAGCUGAAGCAUUGUCCUUUUAUAGCGUUUUUUACUAUGACUUGUACUGUAAUUCUUUUUUUAAGAAACAUCCAACCUGUUAAAAUGUUCUCAUUUGACUGUAUAAACAUGCUACGUACUGUACUGUAAUUUGUGUCAUUAAAUGAAGACAAAAGAGUGAA